GGCGGGGCCCAUGUGCGGGCGCUGCCCGGCCGUUGCCGUGCCGUGAGGAUGAACUCGGCCGCCGGCCCCGCCGCGCUACCGCCGGGCUCCUCUACCCGGGCCCUGCAUGUGGAGCUGCCCUCGCAGCAGGCUUGUGCAAGAACCAAGUGAAUGCUGCAGGGAGAGAAGCCUCAGUUAUUAGUCAUUGGGCGCCGUUUGUGAAACGCCGGCUUCGCCACCUUCGGAAUAUCGCUGCCCGGAACAUCAUCAACAAGAAUGGGUAUCGCCUCCUGGAUACGUACUUCACUCUUCACUUGUGUGAUAACACCAAGAUAUACAAAGAGUUUUAUAAGAGUGAGGUGAUCAAGAAUUCUCUGAAUCCGACAUGGAGGAGCCUGGACUUUGGGAUAAUGCCUGAUCGUCUCGAUACCUCUGUCUCCUGCUUUGUUGUGAGGAUCUGGGGUGGCAAGAAGGAGCACUUCCAGCUCUUGAUUGAAUGGAAGGUCAAUCUGGAUGGGUUGAAGUACUUGGGCCAGCAGAUACAUGCAAGAAACCCCAAUGAGAUUAUUUUUGGUCUCAAUGAUGGUUACUAUGGAGCUUCAUUUGAGCAGAAGGAUCACUCAGGUACCCUGAAGAGCAGUCUUCUCCAGGUGGAUCAGAACUGUGUCCGUAACUCGUACGAUGUCUUCUCUUUGCUUAGGCUUCACAGAGCCCAGUGUGCAAUUAAACAGACUCAGGUAACUGUUCAGAAAAUAGGAAGGGAGAUUGAAGAGAAGCUGAGAUGUACAUCUACAAGCAAUGAACUGAAAAAGGAGAGUGAAUGUUUACAGCUGAAGAUCCUGGUGCUACGCAAUGAACUGGAGAGGCAGAAGAAGGCCCUUGGUCAAGAAGUAUCCUUAUUGCAUAAGGAAAAAAGUACUUUGCAUGACAGAGGAAAUACAUUUGAGAGUGAAUACCAGAAACUUCAAGAGCAUAAUGAAUCCCUGCAUGAAUUAAGAAAGGAAUGCACUGCCAAGAGAGAACUGUUUCUGAAGACACACGCCCAGCAGACUAUUCGAUGCAAACAACUGCUGUCAGAGCUCUCCUACAUCUACCCUAUUGAUCUGAAUGAUCAGAAGGAUUACUUUGUUUGUGGAGUCAAGCUUCCUAAUUCUGAAGACUUUCAAGCAAAAGAUGAUGGAAGCAUUGCUGUUGCCCUGGGCUACACUGCACACUUGGUGUCAAUGAUAUCGUACUUCUUACAAGUGCCACUCAGGUAUCCAAUAAUCCACAAGGGCUCCCGGUCUACGAUAAAGGACAACAUCAAUGACAAACUGACGGAGAAAGAGCGAGAGUUUCCUUUAUAUCCAAAAGGAGGGGAGAAGCUUCAGUUUGAAUACGGAGUGUAUCUUCUCAACAAAAACAUAGCACAGCUUAGAUAUCAACAUGGGCUGAGUACUCCAGAUCUCCGGCAAACUCUCCCUAACCUGAAGAACUUCAUGGAGCUCGGGCUAAUGGUUAGAUGUGAUCGACACCAUACAUCCAGUGCGAUUCCCGUUCCAAAGAGACAGAGCUCUAGCUUCGGCAGGUUGGAUAUUGGCUUUUCCAGUGGGCUUCCUUCUCCAGAUAAAGGACUCAGAAAACGAGCCAGCACGGGAAAUGAGAGACUGCAGCACAAAACUCCUCCUCCUAGCUACAACUCUGCUUUAACACAGCCCGUCGCCAUCACAGCCCGUGUAGGAGAGUUAGCUAAAAAACCUGGGUCAAUAUCUUCUUCCUUGGAUACCUCUAUGGACUCCGCAAAAGGAAAUACCAAGAAAGGUGAGAACUUGUGCAGCAGUUUAAAUGGAGAAAGCAGGAGCUUAAACAGCACCCAAGACCAGCAGGAGUCUUUCCUAGGACGUACUAGUGCAAUAAAUGGGGCCUUCCUACCUGGUGAGUGCUCUGGCACCACAAGCACCGAGCAGCCCUGUGAGUUCCGCCCCGCGCUCAACCCCAUCCUUUGCUGCACCGUGGAGCAAGCAGAGGAGAUCAUGGGGCUGGAAGCGACGGGGUUCAGCUCGGGAGAUCAGCUCGAGGACUUUAACUCCAUCCCAGUGGAACACGCCGUGGCGGUGGAGUGUGAUGAACAAGUCCUAGGGGAGUUCGAGGAGUUCUCUCGGAGGAUCUAUGCACUGAAUGAGAACAUGUCCAGCUUCCGCAGGCCAAGGAAGAGUUCGGACAAGUGAGCUUGGGACCAGGGGGUUGAUAGCAGACAUGGAGGUGAAAUCAGUGAUGUGGGAAUAGAGAUGAAAUUGCACUUAUUCUUUAUAUUAAUUAUAUCAAAAAGAAAAAUAAAACCAGCUAAAGCUA